AUGGCAAAGUCUAUGAGAUCGAAAAGAGAGAAGAGGCUAAGGGCUAUAAGGAGAGAGAUUGUGGAACCCCUUUAUGAGAAGAAAGAAGCCGCAAAGCUCGCUGUCCAGGAGGCAGCUCUUGCUGCCCCCAAGCUUCCCGUGCGUUACUCAAACAACAGUAGCGCCACCGCCAUGGAUGUGACCACCGAGGCCAUUACCUCUGCCUCCAUUGCCAAUAUGGGGCCCAAGUAA